AUGAACAAUAAAGAAAUGUUUAAACACAGAGAUAUAAAUACUUUUUUAACAAAUAAUCUAACAAAAGAAAAACGAAGUAAAAAACCAUUUGAAUAUUUGAAUCUAACUUAUUCUAAAUAGUUUGAUUAUUCUCCAAUGAAAAAACAACCUUACACUUCAAAAGCUAAUGAAAUUAAAUAAAAAAGUCUAGAAGAACCUUAAAUUUUAAGACAGAAAACUUUACCAAAUUAUGAACCAACUAAAUGUUCUAGUGUUAAAAAUGGAAUAAUAAAAGCAUAUGCUGCAAACACAAAUUAAGGAUUAGUGAGAGAAUAUAAUGAAGAUAGAGUUUCUAUAAUAUUGAAUAUCAUAAAACCAUAAAGUAGAGAAAAUGAACCAUGGCCUAAAUGUUCAUAUUUUGGAGUAUAUGAUGGACAUGGUGGAUCAGCUUGUGCAGACUUUUUAAGAGACAAUUUACAUUAAUUUGUAGUUAAAGAACCAGAUUUCCCUUGGAAUCCAAUAAAAGCAAUAACAAAAGGUUUUGAAGCAGCUGAAAAAUACUUUAUAUAAAUGGCAUAAGAUUCAUUUAAUAAAGGAAUUUUAGAAACAAGUGGAUCAUGUGCAAUUGUUGUAUUAAUUAUUGGAGAUUCUUGUUAUGUAGCUAAUGUAGGAGAUAGUAGAGCAAUAUUAAGUACACAAAAUGGAAAAAAAAUUAUUGAUCUUUCAAACGAUCAUAAACCUGAAUUUGAAAAAAAUAGAAUUACUAAAGCUGGAGGAUAACUGUAUUAAACACAUGGAUUAAAUGAAGAAGGGAAACUAAUUUUAGGUCCAGUGAGAGUGAAUCCCGGUAAGUUGUCAGUUUCAAGAACAUUUGGUGAUAUUGAAGCAAAAUUAGAGAAAUUGGGAGGGAAACCAAAAGUUGUAAUAGCAGAGCCAGAAAUAAGACAAUUUAAAAUAAUAUAGGAGCAUGAUUUUAUAAUUUUAGGAAGUAUAAAUAAUAAAAAAAAGUAGGUGAUGGUAUAUUUGAUAGGAUGAGUUCAAGAGAUGUAAUAAAGGGAAUUUGGGAGGAUGUUUAAAGUAAUAAGAAUAUGAAUGAUUUACAUAAUGUAAUGUCAAAUGCAGUAGAAUCAGUAAUAAAAGAGAGUUUAUUACGUAAGACAAUUGAUAAUGUUACAUUAUUAAUAAUAGCAUUUUAAAUAAAUACUUUAAGAGAGGAAGAAAUAAGAGUUAAGACAAUAUCAUAUACAGAUUAAUUAGUUAAAUUGCCAUAGAGUAACAAAAAUGCAUCUAAUUUAAGAUUUAAGUAAAAAAUACUAUAUGAUAUGAUCAUAGUUAAAAUAGAAAGUAGAAUGAUGAGAAUGAUGCGUUUUUGAUGAAUGGCCAAGUAUUGAGAUAGAAGAAUAAGUAAAGAUAUUUUUAAGAGAAUAAUAAUGGAAUUGGUUGGGAGUGAUGAUGAGAUUUGAAAUUUGUUUGAAAUAAAAUAAUAAAUAAAUAUUUGGAGAAG